CAAGUAGAGAUUUUUACCUCUUAACAAUCGUAGGCUAUACCUAGCACAGUACAGCACGCGUCACCGAAGUGCUUUGGGGUCUAAGCAUUUCCCGCUUCUUAGUAUCUUUCUACUGUUUGAGUGCUUACAACAAUAAUUUAACAUGGCGAUGUCACAGCAGUCAGGCAUAUUGCAGCAUGGAGCAACGGAGGAGCGCGGAGAAAAUGCCCGCAUGGCUUCAUUUGUUGGAGCUGUCGCUGUGGCGGACUUGGUGAAGUCGACGCUGGGACCUAAGGGCAUGGAUAAAAUUCUUCAAAGCAUGAGCCGGGGUCAGGAUGUGACGAUUACGAAUGAUGGUGCAACCAUCCUGAAGGCCAUCUACGUGGACAACCCAGCGGCUAAGGUGCUUGUGGACAUCAGCAAGGUGCAGGACGACGAGGUGGGCGACGGCACCACCAGCGUGGUGGUGUUUGCUGGCGAGCUGCUGCGGGAGGCGGAGCAGCUGGUCAACCAGAAGGUGCACCCCAUGACCAUCAUCGCGGGCUACCGUGAGGCAUGCGACUGCGCGCGUGCCGUGCUGGAGUCGGGCGCCUUCAACCACCAGGCCGACCCCGAGCUCUUCCGCCGCGACCUGCUCAACAUCGCCAAGACCACCCUGUCCUCCAAGAUCCUCACAGUGGACAAGGAGCACUUUGCCAAUCUGGCGGUGGACGCCAUCAUGCGGCUCAAGGGCAGCGGCAACCUGGAGGCCAUCCACAUCAUCAAGAAGACGGGCGGCACGCUGCAGGAGAGCUUCCUGGACGAGGGCUUCAUCCUGGACAAGAAGAUCGGGGUGGGGCAGCCCAAGCGCAUCGAGAACGCGCGCAUCCUGGUCGCCAACACGCCCAUGGACACCGACAAGAUCAAGAUCUACGGAGCGCGGGUGCGGGUGGACAGCAUGCAAAAGGUUGCCGACAUUGAGGCGGCUGAGAAGGAGAAGAUGCGUGAGAAGGUUCGCUCCAUCCUCAGCCACGGCAUCAACUGCUUCAUCAACCGUCAACUGAUCUACAACCUGCCGGAGGAGAUGUUUGCGGACGCGGGCGUCAUGGCGAUCGAGCACGCGGACUUUGACGGCAUCGAGCGCCUAGCUCUGGUGUUGGGUGGGGAGAUCGUGUCCACCUUCGACAACCCCGACAGCGUCAAGCUGGGGUGCUGCAAGCUGAUCGAGGAGAUCAUGAUCGGGGAGGACCGGCUCAUCCACUUCUCGGGUGUUGCGCUGGGCGAGGCAUGCACCAUCGUGCUCCGCGGCGCCUCCAGCCACAUCCUGGAGGAGGCGGAGCGCUCGUUGCACGACGCGCUGUGCGUGCUCAAGGAGACGGUUGCUGACGCGCGUGUGGUGUACGGCGGUGGGUGGCCGGAGAUCCGCAUGGCCAAGGCGGUGGAGGAGCUGGCCAGCAGGACGCCGGGCAAGAAGGCGCUGGCCAUGGAGGCGUUCGCCCGGGCGCUGCGUGCGCUGCCCACCACCAUCUGCGACAACGCGGGUCUGGACAGCGCGGAGAUCGUGACCAACCUCAAGGCCGCCCACGGAGCCGACCCCGACAGUCGCAUGGGAGUGGACGUGGUUCGUGGCGAGGCGGGUGACAUGGCGGAGCUGGGCAUCUACGAGGCCUUCCGAGUACGACAACAGGUGUUGUUGUCCGGCACGGAGGCCUCGGAGAUCAUCCUGCGGGUGGAUGACAUCAUCAAGUGCGCGCCCAGGCAGCGCGGGUGAAGCGGCGGGGGGAGCCGGAGCGGAGGGGGGGCAGGGUGACGCAUGUGUGGGGAGGGGGAGGUAGACGUGCACAUGGGGGGCGCAGUCGGUGGCGAGGAUGAGGAGAUGGGGUUGUGGAGGAUAUGAGUGGGCGCGCGUGGGGGUGGUUGUGGGAAGCGGGAUGAUGCAGCAGCAGUGGCAGCAGCCGGGGAAGGGCUCCACGUUGUAGCUGCUGCCGGGGUUGCGGAGGAGCGCCUAUACCCCUUGGGCGGGUGCAUGGGCGGGGGGGAUGCGGAACCUAGCAAGCUGCUGUGACCUCGGCCAUCCGUCUCGGCCACAGCAGCCUUCAAAAUGAGGUGCCGGGGCGGUGCAACACAGGUGAUGGGGGGCGGACCCGGUGCACGCGCUUUUGUGGUCCGUGUUUGACCAUUUGCGUUGACCGGGUAGCAGCGGCGUUGACGUUUCGUUGACUGUCAGUGUGCACGGCUGCGGUUGCGGAGGUAGCACAGGUGUUCCCAUGCGUGUCUGUGGGGAUUACCGUUUCUUAAGUUUUGUGUCAUGUCCUUGAGCUUGUUCUUUGAAGAAUGCGAUUACCCAGAUCCCAAGCUGGGGAUGCAGGUGUUUUUCGGUGAUGGUGGUGGUGCUGGCAGGUUUUGGAUCUACUACUUGCAGGGGGCCGGUUUGGUUUAGCUCUUAACGGCCGUAGGAAAAGCCUGAAAUUUGGAAAAAGGAGAUCCGUAGUUUUGCACAAAGCAGCAGCGCUGGAGGGCGUGCAGGCAGCUAUGCAUUAUGAU